CCCUCGCUAUACUCUGUGUGGGGAUCAAGCCUCACUCUUCCACAGCCUUCAUGUCUGACAACACAGAGAGGAGAAAAAGAAGAAGAAGGAAACUGACUGAACGCUUUUUUUUUCUGACUUUCUGACGCGUCGGGGAACUUUUUGUCCAUGUCACUAGUAAACCUGAGGCCAGGACAGCCAUCAGCCUGCAGCACACCUCUCUGCUUUCUCCACGGAUUUAUUUAACCAGACCGGGAUUCGACAGCCUGGUUAUGGAUUUUAACCUGCUGACGGACAGUGAAGCCCGCAGCCCGGCGCUGUCGCUCUCCGACUCCGGGACCCCGCAGCACGACCAGGGAUGUAAAGGCCAGGACAACAGCGACACAGAGAAGUCCCACCACAACCAGCUGGAUGAGUCCAGUGCCGAGGACAGUUCUCUGAAGAAGAAGCAGCGGCGGCAGAGGACUCACUUCACCAGCCAGCAGCUCCAGGAGCUGGAGGCUACCUUCCAGAGGAACCGCUACCCUGACAUGAGCACCAGAGAGGAGAUUGCCGUGUGGACCAACCUCACUGAGGCACGGGUCAGGGUGUGGUUCAAGAACCGACGUGCCAAGUGGAGAAAGCGGGAGAGGAACCAGCAGGCAGAGUUAUGCAAAAAUGGCUUUGGUGCCCAGUUCAAUGGACUCAUGCAGCCUUACGAUGACAUGUACACGGGCUACUCCUAUAAUAACUGGGCCACAAAGAGCCUAGCAAACAGCCCACUCUCUGCCAAGAGCUUCCCGUUCUUUAACUCAAUGAAUGUAAGCCCCCUGUCAUCCCAGCCCAUGUUCUCCCCCCCCAGCUCCAUCCCCUCCAUGAACAUGGCCUCUAGCAUGGUGCCCUCAGCGGUGGCCGGAGUUCCUGCCACUGGGCUCAACAACCUGGGCAACCUCAACAACCUCAACAGCCCCACGGCGCUCAACUCGGUAGCAGUGACUGCGGCCACUUGCCCCUACGCCACCACAGCCAGUCCCUACAUGUACAGAGACACCUGCAACUCCAGCCUGGCCAGCCUGCGGCUCAAGGCCAAGCAGCACACCAACUUUGCGUAUCCGGCAGUGCAGAACCCCGUGUCCAACCUGAGCCCCUGCCAAUACGCCGUGGACCGACCGGUAUGAAGAAGAGGCUUCAACAUGACCCCUGACCCAACCGACCAGCUGUAAGUCCAUUAUUACCCAACUUCACCACUCUUCAGUUCCAUCUCUAAGCUACCAGAGGUUCUGCAGACUGGCAGAUCAUGCUUUUGGUGGUACACACUGAGAAUAAUCUUCAAAACUGAUGCAACAAAUACACACACCCAGAUGGACCAUCACACUUCACAGGAAUUCUCUCCCGUUUGUGAAACUGUCACUGAACUGACCAACUGCUUCAAAGGAUUUCUAAAGAUUGUUAUCCAUUAUCUUUUUUUUCCUUCUUUUGAACUGCAUGAUUAGAAUAAACGUAGAAACCAAGGGUAAAUGAAACAUGGAUGCUUCAACUGGACUGAUGGUCAACACCUUGGCCCAAAAACAUCAAAUGUGAUCUUUGCUACUGUCGCAGGAAAAGGGACCUGUGGGUACAAAGCAGGAGACAUGGAGGAUGUAUAUAAUGGACUUUUUCUGUUUUGUAUGUGACAAAAAAUAUAUAUGAAAAUGUAGUACUUUAAAGAUGAGAAAAGCAUGUUCUUCAAAAGCAAAGGCCCUAAGUUGGUGUACUAUGGGCACAUCCUUUAGGAGCUUUAAACUUUGUUGUGAAUUCCUCACCCCUUAGAAGGUUAUAGGUCAAAGGUCAGCUUGGAUGGAUGAGAUGAGGGCAAUACUGGAAAGUGAACAUACCCUCAAGCAGUUAAACACACACACACACACACACACACACACACACACACACACACACAUACACAUACAAACAACAAAUUACACACACACCAGAAUAUCAACAAGAUUUUCAAGUAAAACUCUAAAAAGCCAUUGAAUAUAUAGAUUUGUGUGGUGUUAUACAAAGGGAGUCCAUGACUGUAAAAAAUGUAUGUAAGAGUGCAGUUGUUAUAACAAAAAAUCAAGCUUUUUUUCCUGGUGUAGCCUGCUUUGUCUCAUUAAAGAACCAAUUAAAGGAUCCGUUUUUAUGAACUACA